GGCAGGAAGGCGGGCGGGCACGGUGCCAGGGCGGGAGCCCUUCCCAAAGGCAGGGCUUCCUUCUACAGGGCCUUUGGGGCGGGCGGGCCGCUGGAGCCCACCCCCUUGUGCUGGGCAGGAAGCCACCUGGGGACCAGGCCCUGGCUCUGGCCCGAGAGCUGCAGUUGCCGCCUUCCGGCCAGCUCUUCAGGGUGCCCGUGGGAAGAGGCUCGGGUCUGAACCCCCGCCCCCCGACUCCCCGGUCCGCCGCUGCAGGAGCCCCAGGCUGACCCCUCUUGGCUGCGUCUGCUCAGGUGGGGGUCGGUCUGCUCCGGCUUGGGGGAGACCUGCAGCUGGACGGCAAGCAGUAGGGUGUCCUGGGACCCAGCUCCGUGCGUGGGGACCACACCCCGCCUCACCCCGGUCCCCCAGCUCCGUCUGCCCUCCCCCGGCCUCUUCUGGGGCGUCUGCCUUGGUGUCUCUGGCCCCAAACCAGCUCCCCCCGCCCCAACACUCUCUUCUGCCCUAUGGCCUCUCCCGUCUCCUCCCUGGUGCUUUGGUGCCCACGUGUCCCUCCGUCUGUGUCUCGGCCUGUCUGUCCGUCUGUCCCCCCCUCUCCUCCCUGCUCCCCUUCGCCGCAGGAUUAGCCCCAGAUGUGCUGGGGGCACCUGGAAAAAAGCUCUGCUUCUGGCAUUCCCCACCCCCCUCCCCAGCCCCAGAGCCCACCCCCAUGCAGCUGCUUUUAGUUCCAGGAAAUAAACAGUGUGAGGUCAGCCCUCCAAGAAUUUGGAAGGGGGUACACCCUCCCAAGAGCCCCCGGGGCGUUGGAGGUCAGCAGCCCUGCUCAGCUGUGGCCACGGGGGGCAGGCCAGCAGGGGCUGUGCGUGCCCGGGCACUCGGCCAGGCUGGGCGCCGGCCAGGGCAGGGCACGCAGACCCAGUGAGUUCAUUCAUUCGGCCAGUGUUGCAACAGUGAACAGAUGCCGCAGGGGCCGCUCGCUCAGCCAGCACUGGACAGAGGAGCUCGUCAGCAGCGUUUAUGGAGCACCAGCUGUGUGCCUGGCCCCAGCCAGGGGCCUUGGAGUCCUAACAGAACAUCCAUGGUUUUAUCGUUGCUGUGGUUAUUUUAUUUUUAUUUUUGGCUACACCAAGUGGCUUGCGGUAUCUUAUUGCCCGACCAGGGAUUAAACCAGUGCGCCCCCCUUCCCCCGCCCAGGGGAAGCAGCAGAGAGUCCUAACCAGUGCACUGAUGGGAAAGUCCGGGAACAUGUCUGAUUUACCUGGGGCGAGGGGGCGGUGCUCUGGGUCCCCGCCCACGGGUAUGAGGUUCUGACCCCUCCAGGCCUUAAACCAAAGCACAAGCUGGCGAUGGGCCUCCCCGAGUCAGACCAAGGGAUCAGCCCGCAGGGCCUGUUGAACAAGGUCCCGCAAACGGCGGCUGAGACACAGAAGGAAGCCGCCCCACCGGCCCGUCCAGGAGCCCCAGGCGGCUGUCCGCGGGGCCAGUUCCCUCUGGGCCUCUGCCCUGGACAUGCGGAUGCGGUCUGCUCCCCGAGCCUUCACUCUGCGCCUCUCUUCGUCCACGUUUCCUGUUUAGAAGGACGGCAGGUGUUUUGGGUUAGGGUCCCCACUGACUUACCUUGAUUCUCUCUGUGAAGUCCCUGCUUCCCAGCAGGGUUACGUCCUGAGGUCGUGGGGGUUAGGGCUCCAAAGGGCCCCUUGGGGAGGAUAAUUCCGCCCAUCCCAGGGGAUUCGCUGGCGGCCUGGGGUGGGCGCUCCUUGGCGCUCUCUAAAAGGGUUUGCGAGGCCUCUCUGACUCUGGCAGUUUCCACCACCCCGCUGGACCAGGGCGAUGCUGGCCGAACCCCCUGCUGAGGGAGCUGUGAGCUCAGGUUCUGGGAGAGGGGAAGGGGUGCUCUGCCUGUAAGGAACAGCGUGAGCCAAGGCCCGGAGGCAGGAGACAGGGAGUUUGGAGAGAGCCGGGUCUGGGUGGGGCAUGGUCGCUGUGGGCCUGACCAGGGUGGUCUGGCCCAGCAAGGCGCCUUCGGGAGGCAGGUUGGCUUUUGUGCUGAGGGUGGUGGCCUGCAACGUGAGUGGAAGGGCGGUUCUGCACGCUCUGGCUGGCACACCUUGAGCCUGCUCGGCGGGGCUGGCCCUGAGUCGUGGGUGCCUCGACCUGCCUUGGGUUCUGAGACGCUCACUCUGGGUCUGCAGGCGGACAGGGUCCUGCGAGCAGCUGGCUGCCCUCCCCGCAGGACGGAGCCUCUGCAGCCCCCCGGGUGGACCGAGGCCACCGCAGGGGGCAGAGGGCUUCCUUCUGCUUGUUUGGAGACAAAACAGACCUUGUUAUCCUGCCCUGCAAUGCCGAGCAUCUUGCUGAGGACACGGCCGUUUUGAAACUUCGAUGCUCUCAGGAAGGAGAACAUUUACGAGAACAACAAACUGGCCUUCCGUGUGGCGGAGGAGCAGCUGGGCAUCCCGGCCCUGCUGGACGCCGAGGACAUGGUGGCCCUGAGGGUGCCUGACCGGCUGAGCAUCCUGACCUACGUGUCCCAGUACUACAACUACUUCCAGAGGCGUGCCCCCGCUGAGCGCACGGCCGGUGUCAAAAGGCCCCCAUCCGACACCAGUGAGGAGCCAUCUGGAAAGAAGGCCCCGUCCCAGCCUGCCCAGCCCACACCCGUCCCGGCCCGGGGACAGCCGCUGUCUCCAGUCAGCCUAAACCGCACCGUCCAGCGGAAGGAUGGGGGCUCGGAGGGCCCCCCGCAGAAGGCUGGCCAGGCCGUAGGGGGCUCCCUCAGCAGCACCUGCGGCGUCUGCGGGCAGCACGUGCACCUCAUGCAGCGCCACCUGGCGGACGGGAGGCUGUACCACCGCGGCUGCUUCAGGUGUAAGCAAUGCUCCGGCACACUGCACUCGGGGGCCUACAGGGCCACAGGAGAGCCCGGCGUCUUCGUCUGCUCCAGCCAUCACCCCGAAACCGCCUCUGCCAGCCCCACGUCGCCCAGCCUGGCCUCCAGGUGGCCUGGAGCCACGUCCAUGGACUUGGAGACCCCUGGAGGCCUGAGGAAGACGCGGGAGGCGAGCGGACAGAGAGACACGGGGCCAAAGGCCAAGCUGCCCGGCUGGGACCCUGCGGCGGGCAGUGCGUCUGCCAGAGGUUCCACUCCAACUGCAACCAACCCGCCGGCCCCUACCUCAUCCCGAGUCCCCGCAGGGAGCCCAGCUGCACCCAGGCUCAUGGCGGGCCCUGUGGGGGGUAAAGCCAGCACUCACGUGACCAGCAGCUCCCUGACGAUAUGGCCGUCGCCAGCAGGCAGCCCCCCUCCCACCGGGACCUCGUGUGCCCCGGACCCUUGCCCAGCCACACCGCAAGGCUGGGCCACGCCCCGAGUCACAGCCCCCCAGACCAAGCUCAGUUCCAGGCCAGCAUCUCCGGCACCAGCAAGCACCCCAGCCUGGACCCCGUCAUCCUCUAAGACCCAGCAGGCCCGGGAGCGGUUCUUCCAGACCCCCGGAGCCACCCCCGGCCCUGGCCCGGCUGCCGCAGACACGCCUUCCGGGGACAGCCGCAGGGAGCAGGCGCUGAGCUUCCUCCGCAAGGCCCUCCCGGAGCUUGGGGCGCCCGGCAGGUCCCCCACUGCCGCUGCCCCCGUUCCCAACUCCCAUCCCAGAUUCGAGGGGCCCGGAGCCAGUCCACCAGCCAGAGCGUCACAGCCCACAUCCCCACAGACCCUCAGCCCCACCACAAGGACGGGGCCGCCCACCGCCCCAGGUGUGGGCAGCUCCUCACAGUCGUCCCAGGAGGCCAAGAAGGGCCCAGCUGUCUCCUCUGGGGCCGUCGGAGCCGGUGCUGGCUCCCGGCUGAAGCUGGAGGCCCCGCCGGCCAAGAGCCCGGGCGCCAGCCCCCAGGACGGCCCAGAGGACCAGCCGGCGGGGUGGAGGGCCCGCCUGAAGCCCGUGGAGAAGAGCCCCGCGCACAGGGCCCCAGAGCCAAAGGAGCCUCGGGUCCUGGGAGAGCCAUGGGCAGGUGACGCAGCUGGGAAGGCCUCCGGGAGCUCUGCGAGGGGCAUCCGCAUCACGGUGACCUCCGUGCAGGUGGACAGGACACCGGGCGCGGCCGGCCCCGGGGCCAGCCUUCCAGCCACGUCUGCAUCUGCAUCCCCUCUCAAGAAGCUGGCCGUCCCAGCCAGCCUGGAUGCUUCCGGCGACUGGCUGCAGCUUGAACCAUCGAGGAAGGAAGGUCCUGCUCGGAGCCAGAAGGAGAAGGAGAAAGGCCCUCCCCAAGGCAAACCAGGGAGGCCCCCGGGCCCAGCCAGCGUAGCCACUCCACCUGCCAAGUCAGCAACCUCCCCGGUCAGGCUGCACCCUGACUACGUGCCGCCCGAGAUCCAGCGGCAGGUACAGGACAUCGAGAGGCAGCUGGAUGCCCUAGAGCUCCAGGGCGUGGAGUUGGAGAAGCGUCUGCGAGCGGCUGAGGGUGAUGACUCGGAGGACGCCCUCAUGGUGGACUGGUUCCGGCUCGUCCACGAGAAGCAGCUGCUGCUGAGGCUGGAGUCAGAGCUGAUGUACAAGGCCAGGGACCAGCGCCUGGAGGAGCGGCAGCUGGACCUCGAGGGGGAGCUACGCCGGCUGAUGGCCAAACCGGAGGGUCUGAAGUCCCCCCAGGACCGGCAGCGGGAGCAGGAUUUGCUGGACCAGUACGUGGACACGGUCAACAACCGCAGUGACAUCAUCGACUUCCUGGAUGAGGACCGGCUCAGGGAGCAGGAGGAGGACGAGGUGCUGCAGAGCAUGAUCCAGAAGCUGGACCUGCAGAGGAGCGGCGAGGAGCAGAGGAAGAAGCCCAGGUUCCGCUUGUCCAGCAUCUGGUCCCCCAAGAGCCGGAGCAGGACCCCCGAGUAGCCGCUUGGCGGCGCUGCAAGACCUUCGCCCGCGGGCGGGGUGGGACCCAUGCUGCCCGCUCUGCGGGGUCCGGGGUGUCUCAAUAAAGAAACUGACCUGUG